AUGCUGCUAAGAGAAACCUUUGGCAAGACCAAGGCUUUCUUUAACAAAAGCUUCCGAAAUUUCUGGUCUUUCUUCUUUGGAGAGUACCAAAAGCUUCCCAGAACUCUUUCCUUUAAUCCAUUCCUCUGUAGAGUUGGCAAUGCAAGAACUCACACAAGCGACCAACUUUACAGUGAGUUUUAUGAUAUGUUGCAGUCUGACCUUGGCAGAAUAAAGAUGCAUGGUAACUACAACAUGUCCAUGUCAGCAAUGGAAGAUGAUGCUGCAUGUUCUAGAAGCUUCAUGUGUUGUGCCAAGCAAAGUCCACAAAAGAGUAUCCAUGAGGAGAGAGCACAAGAGAAGAAGAACAAAGGGAGCUCACAGCUCAGUAUAAAAGAGGACUUAAAGUCACAAAACAUGAUGAACAAGAAAGCUCAUGUUUUAGAACAAAAGAUGAAGGCAAUGGAUAUGAUGAAUGCGGGUGAUCUGGAGCAUGUGCUUGUUAAGGGUGAUUUUAAUUACAAGGAGGCUCUGACCAAGUCCCUUAUCUUCCUAGAGGCACAACAUUCAAUGAGGCACAAUGUACAAGGAAAUACAGUGCUAAUACAAGGAAGCUCCCUUCAAAUAAUAGGGUGCCUUGAAGAGGAGACUCAGCAACAAUAUAAAGACAAAGAAAAGUGUUAA